AUGCCAAACAGAGCUCAAGAGGAUGCUGUUAUUAAUCUGAAAACUGUCCAGGAUCUGUCCAAGCAGCUGGGUUUUGAGUGGCCAGUUGUUGCCUAUGAGCUGGGCUUCACCCGGGCUGAACUCAGGCAAUUCCACACUGCAGCACCAGAGAAGAAGGUCCAGGCCAGGAACAUGCUGGAAUGCUGGUAUGAGAGGUCAUGGGACAAGCUGAAUAAGACCAAGUUGCUUCGGGAUGCUCUGGAACGUGCCGGGAGAAAAGACCUGGCUGACCACCUACGCUGUCUGCACUGGGGUCACCAGAAGCUGAGCAACAGGGUGGAGCUGCCCUCUGCCUUUCCCUUUAUCAUCACUGUGCACAAGACCAUUGACAACCGAGAAGGCCUGCGCAGAAUCAAUGAACUCAACCGCAGAUACACUUAA